UCUGACGGCCGCAAAAAGCCAAAAUGGCGGAGCUUGGCAAAAACGAGAGACGCGUCCUGCUCUGUGUGUCGUGUUCCGGGUGAUUCGGGUUGCGAUCGAGUGAAAUACGAAAGGGAUUGUGUGCGAAACCGGGCCGGAAGUGUAUCGCUGCUGCCCCAGAGCGGUUGUGUCCGAAAGUGGCGUGAAAUCCGUGGGAAAACCGCGAAUUUGGGGCGAUUUUUGUCCGUCGCGAACAGAACAGAAAGCAAGCAGCAGCAGCAGCGGGAGGAAGAAGAGUAAGAGAAGUCGUGCCAAGAGGAAGAAGAUUGCUGUGCAUCGCGCCGAACUCGGGAGCAAAAAGCUGUGGGUCGAGUUUUGGUCCGAUUUUGGGACAGUUUGACGGGAAGGAAGUGUAACAGCAACAGGAAACCAGCAAGACCAGAAUCGUGCCGCUAAGCGUCAAUACCGAAACGCGAAAAGUUGGGAUUGGGAUGCGUUUUUUGGAUCCGGAUUGAAACUGGGCAAGGAAUCUUGGACCGUUGUCCGUUAUAGUUAAAAGAUUGUGGACCAGUUUACAGCAGGAGGCGAGCAGCGCGAGAAAGUGAAGAAAAGCGGACCACCGCAGCAAAACAACCCGGAAGAAAGUAGUGAGGCAACUCUGAUGAAAACAUGUAAAACGAGAUCGAGACCGCGCGAGUGAGAGUGUGAAUCGAUGCUAAUUGAACGGUAUUAGUAGCCGAAAGUGAGGGCGAAAGACGUCCUGGGAAUCGCGAAUCGCUUCUUGACGCAGAGGCCACCGAGAUAAACACGGUCAAAGUAUUGCCACUGUCGAUAAAAGCGCCAAACGAAACAAGUUCCGUUUUUCUAUGUGAAGAAACAUCGAGUGAGUUCCUCCAGGUGCUUCCGGAAGAGCACCCGGUGUCCUGUGUCCACUGUCCCUCCUCACCCUUAGUUCCAAGGGUAUCUUGUGAUUGUGUUUGUGUCCCUCGCGGAGGAAACCCGUUCCCUGUUCGGUUCAAAAUCGCACACCGGGCAAAAGGCACCGAGAGCAAAUUCGGGUUCGCGCGCGCUUCCACCGACCUGUGGCCAACUUUUUGCCUUCCAUCGCCCCCCUAGCGAGGGGUGCGCGAGUGAAUGAGAAAGUGAAGUUGUUGGAAGAUAACAACAGCCAAAGCAGGAAGAAAGAGAAACAGACGCGCGUUGAGUCGGUGAAGAAGAAGAACAGCGCCAGAAAAGGGAGUACGUGGAGAAGAGGGUGGCCAAAAGCCGUUUCGAGCGUGUGUUCCUGUGGUUGUCUUUCCCCCCUAAGAGCAGCCGGGAGUAGUGAGGCGGGGUGAUUGGUGGUGGUGCUGUUUGAGAGAAAAACGUUGAAAACAACCCCGUGGCCACUAUGACAACAAACAUGUAUCGGGUCGGAGACUAUGUCUACGUGGAAACAUCGUCGACGACCCCGUACCAGAUCCGGCGGAUCGACGAGCUCAACAAAACGCCCAACGGCAACGUGGAGGCGAAAGUGAUGUGCUUCUACCGGAGGCGAGAUCUGCCCACACCGCUCGUGCAAUUAGCUGAUAAGCAUCAAAUGGCCACAUCGGAGGAAUCCCCCGUAGCAAUGAAGCUGAAAAAGAUGUGGCUGAAAACACCGGUCGGCGAGGAACAAGCCGCCCAAGUAGUACUAGAUCCUGCCCUAGUUGCCCUCGAGGAGGAGCGAAAUAGUCCCAACAGCACCGGCAGCGGGAACGACCGGGGCGAACAGCUGAAUCCAAAGCAACGGCACCAGAUGAAGCACCGCGAACUGUUCCUGUCCCGCCAAGUGGAAACCCUGCCCGCCACCCAGAUCCGGGGCAAGUGCUCGGUGACGCUGCUCAACGAGGAGGAAUCGCUGCUCAGCUAUCUGAACAAAGACGAUACCUUCUUCUACUGCCUAGUAUUUGAUCCGACGCAGAAAACGCUGCUGGCGGACAAGGGGGAGAUUCGCGUGGGGAGUCGGUACCAGACGGAGGUGCAAGCCAUGCUGAAGGACGGCGAAAAGUACGAGCGAAAUCUCGAAGACAUGGAAACGCUGGUGUGGACGCCCCGGCAUUCGCUCAGCGACAAGAAGAUCGACCAGUUCCUGGUGGUGUCCCGGUCCGUUGGUACCUUUGCCCGAGCCCUGGACUGCACCAGCUCAGUGAAGCAACCGUCCCUGCACAUGUCGGCUGCGGCCGCUAGUCGUGAUAUUACCUUGUUUCAUGCAAUGGAUACCCUGCACAAGCAUAGUUACUCGAUAGAGAACGCCAUGUGUUCGUUAGUGCCCUCCAGUGGGCCGGUGCUAUGUCGAGACGAGAUGGAGGAGUGGAGUGCUUCCGAGGCGAAUCUCUUCGAGGACGCGCUGGAAAAGUACGGCAAAGACUUCAACGACAUUCGAAACGACUUUCUUCCGUGGAAAACGCUCAAAAGCAUAGUGGAGUACUACUACAUGUGGAAGACGACGGACCGGUACGUGCAGCAGAAGCGGGUGAAAGCCGUCGAGGCCGAAUCGAAGCUGAAGCAGGUCUACAUUCCCAACUACACCAAACCCAGCCCGGCGCUGAUCACGAACAACAACAAGAACAUUCUGAACGGCAACUCGAACGGGAGCAGUGGCGGCGUGGAGGUGCUCACGAUCAGUGGCGGAAAGCCGUGCGAGUCCUGCUCGACGCUAGCGUCGCCACAGUGGUACUCGUGGGGUCCGUCGCACAUGAGCUGCCGUCUGUGUCAGAUCUGUUGGACCUAUUGGAAGCGUUACGGAGGCCUUAAAGUAGCAUCCCGGUUAGCGGAUAGUGGUGAUAUUGUCGACACAACGACGACGGCAGCAAACACCGGAACGACGCCUCCUGUCGGCGGAAAUGCCGUGUCGCUGAAGAAACAACGAACCAGCGGUGGCCCAGGAACCGGCGGUGGCAGUGCCGGAAGUGAUAUCGACGAUGAUCUGACCAUUGUGGCGAGUAGUGGACCGAUCGGUAGUUUAGGAACCGGCGGGCUGAGCAAUCAUCGACCGCAUAGUCCAUCGUUCAAAUGUUCCAUCGUCAAUUGUGGUAAGGAGUUCAAGCUGAAGGCGCAACUAGGUCGACACUAUGCCCAGGCACACGGAAUUCAGAUCCGAUCGGGAUCGCCCCGGCCCAUCAUGAAAACCCGGACGGCAUUCUAUCUGUUCACCAAUUUGACGACGCGGUUAUCGAGGCGGUUGUGUCGACAAAUUGUCCGAUCGAAAAAGGCCGCCCGCCAACCGUCGUACGCAAUCAACACCGCUGCCGUGAAACAGGAAUUCACCAUCGCUGAGGCUGGAAAGAGUAUAGCGGACAUCCGAAGGUUGCUCACCUACAAGAAGCGAGAUCGAGGAAGCGUAACGCACAUAGCGAACCGUCUCGGCAAUCCCGGCCCAACCGUCGGAGACUGGCUCAUACUGACCCCGAAGGACAAAAUGCCAAAACCGGAAGUGGUUGCAUUCCCGAAGCCACCGAAGGCUCCCGAUGGUAGCUUAAUCUACGAUCGGAUACCAAAUAAAGUCGAGGCUGAACCGAAACCGCUGAAUGCGGCGGCAGCGACUGCUGCGGCAGUUGCCAGUACCCUGCCUGGAGUGACGGUCAAUGCAAUCGGAGGACCGGGCGGAGGUGGAGGAGGAGUAGGAUCGACUGCGGUGCCACCAGGAAUACCCACCCUAGGAAGCACGGCGGGCGUGACAGCUGGACGUACUACACCGAAUGCAGCCACCACUGGCCCUGGCCUGGUAGCGAGCACUCCCAUAACCCCCAUCCCACCUGCAUCACUGAAGCGGCGGAACUAUGAAGAUGCCAACGGAAUCGAUGGUCCUGUAGCGCCUCCAACGAAACGACCGAACAAAGACCCAAUGCCGUCUCAUCGACCUACGCCUGAACAGUACGCGGCUAUGAUGGCCGCUGCCCAGGCAGCAGGACAACCCCUCCCGCGACAUCAUAUGAAUGGUAAACCAAAAAUAGCACAAAUGGCCCGGACCGGUUCUGGGCGCAAGCAGGUCAUCAGUUGGAUGGAUGCCCCUGACGAUGUGUACUACCGAUCAACCGAAGCUAGCAGAAAAACCCGCCGCAAGAUACCGAUCGUCGAACUCCGACGUUCGGCGCGAAAGCCCUGGCGCCAUCUAGUGCCCAAGUAUGCGGCAAUCAUCGCCACUCUGCUGCCACCGGUUGCGCCAGUUUCGGCGGCAGCUGCGGCCGCGGCCGCCGCCGCUGCUGCAGCCGGCAUUCCUCAGAUACCCUCAACGCUUCCACCUCAGCUGACGGCGCAACUGACCGCCACGGGUCAACUUCCGCAUCCUGCAGCCGUUGCGGCGGCUAACCUUAAUCUCAACUCAACGAACAUGGCCGCCCUGGCCAGUGUCCACCCGCUGGCGGCCCAACUCGUCACCGCUGGUAGCAACAGCACCGGCAGCACAAACAACAAUAGCAGUAGUAGCAAUAACAAAGCGAACAGUGAUCUUCAGGUUGUAAUCCUAGACUGACCCGAACCUCGGAAACAUCUGCAACAGAAUCAGCAAGCACAUCCGGCGGUGGUAUCGCAUCAACCGCCACCACUUCAACAGCAGCAGCCGACAACACAACAUCAGCCGCCGCCGCCGCCACAUCCAUACACCAUGGAAGCACUGCUCAAUUAACUCGUAAAAAGAAACACUGAAACAAACAAACACUUUAAAAACAGCUAGCAUGCUCUUUAAUGGUAAUAAUGAUGAUGAAAGAAAGGAAUCGUUUUCGUUUUUUCUUUUCGAUUUUAUCUUAAUUUUAGGACGCGAGGCUGUUGAGCAAACAUGCCUCAAAAAACUAUUUAAAAUAUUACUAAACUGUAAACUAUUGAUGCUCUGUGAGACAACAAAAAACUGUAGUAGCAAAAAAAGGAAAAGUAUGGAGUAAUAAACAAAAAACAAUGGCAAUGCCUGAGCAUUGUUUUAGAAAGAGUGAAACACAAGAGGUUAAAAAACUAAAAAAGGUAAGAAAGCGUUAAGAAGGCAUGCUCUGUGUUGCAUGCGUUGGAAGGAAGGAAACUAAAAACAGUGUGAAAAAGUCUGCUCCCAGCCGAGAGCAGAUCGCUGGAAUGUGAGUUUAAAUAUAUUUUUUGUAAAAAGUAAUUCAACAAACAUCGCUCCCUCUUAAUUAAGAGUAACUUCUUAAAAUAAAUUGUGAAACGAAAGAAAAAACAAACUCAAAACAGAAAAAUUUUCAACAGAUAUGUGAACGGUGUGACGAAAUAAAAGAACACAGCAAAAACUGAUAAUAAAAGCUAAAUCCAAUUUACUACAAAAAUUUAGAAGAAUACAGACUAAAGCAAAAACGAAACAAAAAAAGAAUAACAGAAUGAAGGCAAGGAUUGAGAAAGUAAGGCAACACACUGGUGGUGUGAGACAGAAAGGAAUAUCAUUGAUUUUUCCACCUCUAUUGAAAACAAGAAAAGAAACAAAAAGUGAAACCCUCUCUCAAAAAUAUACAAGCAAAUAUUGAAAAAACAA